UUUUUUUUACCUUUCGUUUUCUUCGGCAAUGCAUACCGGAGAAUCGCUACAUGCACUGGAAGUUUUGUUGAGAGAAAUGUAGAAGGCUGUGGUUUUUCUUCUUAAUGUGCAGAGUUAAUUACCAUUGCCAUAGAAUGAUCCAUAGAAGUUGCUUUGUUGUUUGUAAAGAAAUUGAGUAGCGUGAGCCCCGAAACAAAACUUCCAAAGAUUAGAAGUUCAUCGAGAGAAAAAGCAUCGGUUUGCUUUGGAGCACGAGAAAGUUACGAGUCAAGUCAGGGGAGGAACAUGGCUUCAGCUACCCCUCCUAGUGAUCUGGAUCGCCUCACUCGGUUUGCUUGCUUCGGCUCGGAAGAUGGAACUUACAAUGUGAUUAAGAAAAAUGAUUUUUCCAAGGAAGGGACAGGGUCGAUAGACUCCAUCCUGACCUCCAAAGAGAAGUCGUUAGAAGCUGUGGCCCGACUGAAAAAGAUAUUCCAGCAAACAUGUUAUUCGAAGAAGGAGCCUUUGAUCUACGCUCUGGCUCGAAUCGUUCGCAACUCUCCAAUACCUGAAGGUGACAAACAUGUGGUGGAUGAGGUGAGAGAGAAUGCUUACCUGGUUACCUUUGAUGUUUGUGGAACGGCCGAAGAGUUGUUUACCUUCGUGGACUUUGAUAAACGAGUGGCCGUGCCGCCCAAGGUGGGCUGGGGAAGAGGGAUGAGAGACAUGGUCAAGUCGUUCUACGAGAGCCGGUCUGCGCAGGAGCUUCUCAAGGAGGUCACGAGGUGCAAGUCGGGGAAAGGUUUCUCUCAUAAGGAUCUGAUCAGGCUGAGUCAUGUGAACCCUGAGAGAAAGAGCAAAGAUUUGAAGCCCUGCUGGAGCACAUGAGCCUCGAGGAGGUGAUCCGAGCUGUGCCCAAGAUGGCGUCGCUGGGCAUGCUUGACCCCAAGACUGAGCAGUGCCAGCGGAUCAUUGACCGCCUGCAGGAUAAGGAGGCGAUAGAAAGAGACAGACUCUGCCACGGAUGGGCAAACGACACCUGCUGGCCGUGCACAUCAGCUCCAAGGUCACCAAGCUGCGGGUGAUCGGGUCGAGCACGCUGAGUCCCAUCAUGCCCUGUGCCGUGAUGGCUCAGCUGUUGGCAGAGGCGGAGGACAGCUUUGAAAUAGUUUUCUUCCACACCCAGACCUCGCCGCUGAAUAUCGAGAAAGGGAUGCACACAGUGGCUAUUGUGGAGCAGAUCCUGAGAGCUGCCAGAGACCCGGCGAACCAAAGCUCAGACCUCUGUCAACCUUUGCAAUGGGCCGCAAGCAAUGGCAAAGUGUUUGACAACAUCCUCAUCCUGACGGACAAGAAAGUGGUCCAGACGCCGCAGACUCUGGUGGACAACAUUCGCCAGUACCGAAGCACUUCUCAGCAGGAGGCUAAGGUGGCUGUGAUUGGUUUAAGUGACAUGAUCCAGUUUCCCAACGCAGACGACCUCAACUACCUUGACAUUUCUGGCUUCGAUGAGACGGUCCCAGGCCUGGUACGAAAGUUUUUCGAGGGAUAUUCUGAGCCGCCCGCCCCCUCCGAGAAGCAAGACAAGGACUGAAGAUGUUUUUGUUUGAUUAGCCGGUUACUACAAAAGUUGUUUGUAUUGGAGUCUUUAGUGAUUGCGACCGGGGUUGCGUUUUCUUUGUGUAUAGUUGGAGAUUGUUUGCUUGUUGCUAGUCAGCCCCCUUUGUUUGUUGAUUGGUUUACUCAGAGGAAGAAUCUUUGCGCCCCUUUUUAAAAAAAAUGUGAGGCAGCGUGGCGGAAUCAGGCUCUCGUCAAUUUUUGGGCAUGUAGAG